AUGACAGACUUGGCAUUCAGUGUCGAUAAUUCUAGUAGGUUCAUAGAGAGACCGAAGGUGUCUCACUUAGCGGCGAUCAAGAGGAUUCUUAGACAUGUCAAAGGAACUCUUGGUUGUGGAAUUCUUUUUUCGGCAUCGGAUACGAGCCAAAAAUUUGAUUUUCAUGGUUUUACCGAUUCCAAUUGGUUUGGUGAUAAGGAAGAUAGAAAGUCAACAAUUGGAUACAUAUUUAUGUUUGGUAAGACACCAAUCUCUUGGUGUUUGAAAAAGGAACUGGUGGUAGCACUCUCAUCUUAUGAGGUCGAGUAUAUUGCAGCAUCGUUGUGUGAAUGCCAAGCCAUGUGGCUCAUGAACCUAUUAAAGGAGUUGGGUAGCAAUGAGGGUGAGGCUACUACACUUCUUAUUGAUAAUGUUUCUACGAUUAACCAUGCGAAGAAUCCAAUUGCACACGGAAAGAGAAAGCAUAUUCAGAUGUAG